CAAGGAACAAGAAGAGAAGGGUCAAAGCAACAUUCACACAACGACAAAGUCGCUGACGAUGCGAACCGUUUCUCUUGCUGGCUGGGACGACCAGGUGCGUACGCUGCCGACGACGGUGUAUGCGCCGCCGCCGCCACGCAGGAGGAUUGUUGUCAUUGCCGUCGUCCUCCUCAUGGCUUUGCUCGGCACGCUCCUGGUGAGCCACCACAAGGGCGACAUCACCUCCAUGCACAGGCACUGGAACGUCCCAGCGAGAGGAAGCACAAUCCAAUACAACGACACGUAUCCGUUGACGGAGCCGCAGGAGCAUGAGGAUUACACCAGCUACAGAAUCGCACUCAUCACAGAUCAAGACAAAGCCAGCAAGACAGAAGAGGGCAAGUCAUGGGAAAGCGUGAUGUACAAGGGCGAGCUGCGACAGCACCGCGAUGGCCGCUACUCAUUCCUCCAGGACCCCACACCCGUCGUGCUGUCCACGACAUACAAUGCAAAGGGACGCGGCGCGGAGCUCUCGGAGCUGCAGGUCUUCAAUGGCAAGCUGUACACGGCUGAUGACCGGACAGGCAUCAUCUACGAAGUGCUUGGCACGCGUCUUGUUCCAAGAUUCAUCCUCAGCGACGGCAGCGGCAACAGAGAAAAGGGGUUCAAGAUUGAGUGGAUGACGGUGAAGGACAACCAUCUGUGGAUCGGUGGUAUCGGCAAGGACUGGACCACAGCUGAAGGGGAGUUUGUGAACGCCGACCCCAAGUGGAUCAAAAUUGUGUCUCCGAGUGGGUCUGUGCGGCACGUCGACUGGCGGCCCGCGUAUCACGCCGUCCAGCAGGCAGCAGGCAUCCCUGACAUUGGGUACCUGUGGCAUGAGGCGGUGGCGUGGUCGCGGGAUUUGUUGCGAUGGGUGUUUCUGCCGCGCAGAGAGAGCAGCGAACGCUACGACGAGACCAUGGAUGAGCGACGCGGCACGAACUUGCUCAUUACCGCGGAUGUGUCAUUUAGCGACAUCCAUGUGUCAAGGAUAGGCGAGGCAGACCCCGAACGCGGGUUUUCGUCCUUCAAGAUCAUCCCAAACUCGGGCGGAAUGCAUUUACUGGCGGUGAAAUCGCGGGAGGUUGAGGGGCAGCUAUCCUCUUACAUCACGGUGCUCGACGCCCACAACGCACAGGUGAUUUUGAAGGACCAGAAGAUUGCAGACAACAAAGUGGAAGGGGUGGAGUUUGUCUAACGCAUAGAUCUCGGUGAUGGCACCCCCAUAUGCGACUGCGUGUAUCUGAACGCGACUAUUGCGUGCAUGUAAAGCAGCAGCAGCAGCAUGUGAACAGAAUGAGUACAGGAAUGCGAAAGUGUGUGUGUGCGUGCGUUGUGUGUGUGUGUGUGUGUGUGUGUGUGUGUGUGUGUGUGUGUGUGUGUGUGUGGCGACGGAAACUACCUGAGUAUGGGCAAUUGUGGUUUUUUUUUGUUUUGUUUUGUGCUGUGAAUAGGAAUCCCCCCCGCGUCUCCCCUUCUUCUCUCGCAUCACUGGCUUGUCAGGUCACCGUUACAACCGUGUUAUUCUGCCAGAACCACGUCGUUCAAACACACAUACACAACCGC